AUGUUCUCUUGGUACCAGGAUUCUAGGUCACCCCACAACUGGCUCAAAACCCUGCUCGAAACGAACGAAGAAGAUGGGGUGUUGUCAUUUUCGUCCAUCCAGGCAUUUUCCAUGAUCUACUUUCCUAAGAUGCAGCGCCAGUGGAGUCUGGUACCGAAAGGAGCUGUAUUUUAUACUCGAGCCUUACGGGCGUUGCCCUCGCAGCUAGAGGAUCCUGUUGCGGCGCUGAGUGAUGAUGUUCUCCUUGCCAUCAUCUGCAUGGGAAUGUACGAAGUGGUCAUGUUUGAUCAGCCGACCGGAUGGCUACUUCAUUAUAAGGGACUGGCUCGACUGGCUGCAAUUAGGGGACCUCGGCGCCACCAGUCCGGGUCGGGUUUUGCCAUGCUUCCCACCAUGAGAUACUGCAUCACUGCCGGCUACCUCGUCGAGCGCAAACGCUGCUUCCUCGGAAACUCCGAGUGGAAAGCAAUCUCCUGGAUGAAAGUCGGACUCGAUUCCAAAACACCUUUAGACAAACUCCACGACAUCUUCUGUGAUGUCCCCGGCUUUCUCGAAGACCGCGAUCGUCUCGACAGUUGGAUGCCGAACACUCCGGUGCUACUCGAGCUUGCGGGUUUGAAAAUGGCCGUUUCAACAUCAACACCUUCCAACGACCCUCUCCUCCCGAUGGAAGGCACCCGCUACGACGUUGUGAUCGAGAUCUGUCGGAUGGUGGACUUUCACGCCCACUGUCUUCGACGAAACAACGGGACAUUCCUGCUGAUCUUCACGCUGAAUGCGGCGUAUAUCCAUCUGGAUGGAGACCAAGAUGGAGCUAGGCCAUGGUUGGAAAGGCCAUGUCCGUUCUUGCGGACACGCAUGGGUUUGAGCUUGGGCGGCGGGAGAAUCUACCUCGUCAGUCGAUUGCGGUGGGUCUUCUUCGUAUAUUGA